GUAAACUUUAGAAUCACAGAAUGAAAUGAAGUGAGAUAUUCGUUUGUUUUGUUUUUUCUUCGGUUGCUUUGCGCGGAAAUUUUGUGAUAAAAUUUAUAAUGUCUGACAAAAUUGAAGAACUUUCUUUGCCCUCUACUGUUAUAAUGAGGAUAUUAAAAGAUGCUGUUCCUGAUGGUAUAAAUAUAUCAAAGGAGGCUAGAUCUGCUGUUGCAAGAGCUGCUUCUGUUUUUGUGUUGUACACAACUGCUUGUGCAAGCCAGGUUCUAGCUGCUUCUCAGAGGAAAACAUUAACCCUACCAGAUGUUUUUGCAGCUUUGGAAGAUAUGAUGUUUGAAGACAUGAUAGAGCCUAUUAAAGAAUGUUUAGAAGCUUUUCAUGCAGACAAAAAUAAAAAAGAUGCAACAGCAACUUCACCUUCAAAGUCCAACUCUACACCAAAACCAAAGCGAAAGCGCUCACAAAGUGCUAUUUCCAAAGACAGUGAGACUUUAAACCUUUUAAAUAACAGUGAAAGUAUGACCUCUGAUUUACAAGUUGAUGAGCAGGAAAGUAUAAACUCUAUAGAUACUGCAUCAUGAAAUAACUGAAUAAUCUAUGCAUUUGUGAAACUAAUAUAAAAAUGUAUAUAAUUAUGAUCGUGUUCAUACUGUACAUUGUUCAUGUAAUUGAUAUAUUUUGGCAUUUUAGUGUAAUUUUUAUGUUUUGUGUUUCUUACAUUAGAAAAUACAAAUAAUUUUUAAUCUC